CAAUCGUUGCUCUCCGUCGGAACGAAUCAGAUCUCGGAGUGAAACAGUGCGCAGAGCAGCCGCGUACACCGUGGCUAUGCUGUUGUGAAGGUUUUCUGUGUGUGUUUUUUUUUAUUUCGAUUAAUAUUUAUUUAUUUUUCAUGUUCCAAUGUGCUGGCUGGAGCCGCGAGUCGUGUUUGGAUUUGUUCGAUCGAUGUGAUAAGCAAGUGGUUUUCUGAAUCGAAUGGUCGUUUUGUUUGAAAGUUUUUUACAUUACCCCAUAAUAAAGUGAAAACAAAUGUGUACGUAUGUGAUAAAGAGUUACUGUAAGCAAAAGUUGAGUACAUUUCAGUGACCGUGUGAUGUUGGUAAAUGUUCAACAAGUGUCCCUCACGUAAAUCUUGUGUGCCUUUUGUGCAUCUUCCUAAUCGGUAUAUAAUCGUAGAUUUGUGUAAAAAUACCUAGUGCUGUUUCGACCAACUGUAAAUUGUUGCAACAAUCCAUUCCAAGCGAGAAAAAAAGACAACGGCCAACAAGACCCGCUCAUUAGCUCGGGGUCAGAUAGCGUUCAAAGGGAAAGCAACAGCAGCGGCACCAGCAGCAGCAACAGCAACAAUCGCAUUGGUAACAACGGAAAGUACCUCUAUACAAGCCUCCUGUGCAAGUGCAGUUCCGGGAUGUGUUAGAGAGUUGAAGAGUACCAUCACCCAGGUACCCCAUACCAUACCGAAAACUUCGAAAUAGUAGCAACCGAUCACCAACACCAUGUUUAAGCUGCUCGGAGGUUUGAAGCAGUACUUCAAAUGGCAGGACAUUCAGACGGACAAUAUAGUGUUCCGGCUACACAACACCUUCACCACCGCGCUACUACUUGCGUGCAGUUUGAUUAUAACUGCCACACAGUAUGUAGGCAACCCGAUCAGCUGCAUCGUUGGCGGUGUUCCAGCACAUGUCGUCAACACGUUCUGCUGGAUCUCUAGUACCUUCACAAUGCCAGACGCCUUCCGCAGACAGGUUGGACGUGAAGUGGCACAUCCCGGCAUAUCGAACGACUUUGAUGACGAAGAUGCGAAGAAAUACUACACCUACUAUCAGUGGGUCUGCUUCGUGCUGUUCUUCCAGGCUAUCGCAUGUUACACUCCAAAGUUCAUCUGGGACGCUGUGGAAGGAGGCUUGAUGCGGAUGAUCGUGAUGGGGCUUAAUAGAGGUGCAUGCAAGGAGCAGGAAAAGUGUGCCAAGAAACAGGUACUGCUCGAUUACCUCUUGACUCAUCUUAAGCGACACAAGAUCUAUGCCAUUCGCUACUGGGUCUGCGAAGCACUUUGUUUCGUCAACAUCAUUGUGCAGCUGUGGCUGAUGAAUCGAUUCUUCAACGGAGAGUUCCUUUCGUACGGUUGGGACGUUCUGCAAUACUCGGAUCAGCCACAGGAGCAGCGGGCCGAUCCGAUGGUGUUUGUCUUCCCACGUGUCACCAAGUGUAAUUUCUACAAAUAUGGUGCCUCUGGAUCGAUUCAAAAGCACGACGCGAUGUGCAUUUUACCGCUGAACAUCGUGAACGAAAAGACGUACAUCUUUAUCUGGUUUUGGUUUAUCAUUUUGGCCACCUUUUUGGCGGGAUUGAUCAUCUACCGAAUUGUCAUUAUUUGUAUGCCAUCGGUGCGAUCGACACUGCUAAAUGCACGAAAUCGGAUGGUGCCUCGUAAUGUCGCGAAAACCAUCUCGUCACACCUAGACCUCGGAGACUGGUGGAUCGUGUAUAUGCUCGCGCGAAAUCUUGACCCAAUCAUAUUCAAGGACGUUGCAACGGAGUUGGCGAAACGUAUCGAGUUGAACGAUACGGACGAAAAUGAUCAGAACGAAAAGAAGCGAAUGCACUAGAAUUGUUAACCUCAAUUCACAUUUCCAUAAUCAACCUGCACACAAAGUAUGAAAAGCUGCCACCCCUGUGAGAGGAACAACACGAAAUCGCUUAAUGUAAGGUUUUCCAUUUCAUGGCAUCUCUUUCCCUCUCUCUCUCUAGUUUCGAAAAUUUGUUCCAAGACAAUGAAUCCAGGUUUCCUAGCGUGCCACACGUGCGAAGAUGAUUGUUUAUACGCGCCAAAACGAUCGACAUUCCACACUUGUUUUAGAGAACAGAUUGUAACAGUUAUUAUUGUUUUUAAUCAAAUCGAAUCUAUAUUUAUACUUGAGUUAGCAAUAUAAACUAAAUAAUAAGAAUCAACACUCGAUCGCGCUUCGCAACGCUUUUUAAAGGGAUAGUGGUAGAGAUGAUAGAAUUAGUAGCGCGCGCACCCGGAGGCAUCCAACUAUCCAACAACGUGAUCACCCCCGCCUUCCUAUUUCUCACUCGGACCGUAGCGAGGAUUUUAGAUUAUGUUGUAAGACAAAAAGACAAUCAAUAAAAUGCAAGCUAUAAGCACAAACUCGAUGCUACAUGCCACCAAAAA